CCGGCCCGGUCCUUGACUUGACUCCGAUAGUAUCAGACGGGUCUGCCGUGUCACGUGUUCACGUGUUUUAUAUUUUUUUCACGAAUAAUUGUCUCACAAUAAAUAAGAUAGAAAUGGAGCAACAGAGAAAACGGGUGGAAGAACACAUGACGAAAAUGGUCGAGGAGAUUGACAGAACGUAUUUACGGAAAAUGCAGAAAGAUAUGCACAAGUGUGCUGCACAAUGUUGUGAAAAUGAAACUUACACCGUGCAAAAAGUACACAGUUGUAUAGAAAACUGUAGCACCGCUUUGAAUAAGGCGCAAGAAUACGUUCAAGGAGAGUUUGAACGAGUACAGAACCGUUUACAAAGAUGUGUAAUGGAGUGCAAUGAUAGCAUAAAAGACAAACUAGGUCCAAAUCCGACACAAACUGAGGUGGAUAGGUACAGUGAAGAGUUUGAAAAGUGUGCGAUCAAGUGCGUGGACACUUAUUGCGAUUUACUGCCUUCUUUAGAAAAAACUAUGAAGAAAGUUCUCAGCAAAAAGGAGUUUGUGUAGUGUCUUCUGGCAAAUUCGUAACUUGAAAUAAAUAAUGUUGAUUGUGCCUCACUUUAUUUACGAUAUUUUCAAUUGGAAAUAUUCUUAUAUUUGAGGUAUUUAAAAAUUUUUGUUUUCCAGAUAAAACUUGGAUAUAAAAUCGAUUCAUAUACUUGAAUUUUUAUAGAUAUUUUCUGUAUAUAAAUUUAGAUCUUUUAUUUUUUAAUCUAGAAACUUAUAAGAAACUUUGUUAAAGUUUAUAGGUUACACUAUAUUAUAUUAUAUCUGCUAAUCUCAUGCUACA